UUCAUUCAUUUGUGGAGUCCUUCAAAUCACACCCUUCUUCUAACCUCCUCUUUUCUUCUCCUCUCUUUAUUUCUCCCUACUUUUGCAACUAGAAAAAAAAACCCACCAAAAUUUAGGCAAAGAAACAAGAACAUAUAGAGAAAUUGAGCUAUAUUCAAUCAGAAAGUUGAGAACUUUUUUGGGGUUAUUUAUGGGUUUUGAGUGAAUUACAAAUCCCAGAAAGAUUUUGGUGUAUUUCAAUCAAUUUACUCAUCUUUCAAGCUUUUUUUUCAUGGUAGUUUCCUCUGUUUUCUUCUAUUUCAUACCUUAACUUUAGUGUUAAGUUUGAUGAAAUUGAUCUAUCUUGUUUGUUUUUGAUUAAUCUUCUUGUCUGAGUUCUUGCUUAGUUUAUGUUAUUCAUCCAAAAAUUCUUGUUGAAUUUGACCUGUUAAAUCCCAUUUCAUAUAGUUGUUGUUUGCUUAAUUUGGUUAGUGUGAUAAUUAAAGUUAAGAUAUAAUAAUCCCUUUUUUGUUGGGGGUUGUUGGGUUUUAAUUAGAGGAUAAAGUUUUGUUCUUUGUUGGGUGUUAUUUGUUGAAUGGGACCAAUGCUUCAAGAUGAUGGAUCAUCAGUAACUUCAUCAUCACCACUUCAAUUUUUCUCUAGAAUGUCACCAAAUUUAGGUUCACCACAUCCUUGGCUUAGAGAGUUAAAACCUGAAGAAAGGGGUCUUUAUUUGAUACAUUUGUUACUUACUUGUGCAAAUCAUGUAUCUACUGGUAGUUUAGACAAUGCAAACUUAGCCCUUGAGCAAAUCUCUCACCUUGCCACACCUGAUGGUGAUACAAUGCAGCGAAUUGCUGCUUAUUUCGCCGAAUCCCUUGCUGAAAGGAUUCUCAAAUCAUGGCCUGGAUUGUUUAGAGCUCUUAAUUUCACUAGAAUGCCUGUUGUUUCAGAGGAAAUCCUUGCUAGAAAGCUGUUUUUUGAGUUGUGUCCCUUCUUAAAGCUGGCUUUCGUGGUAACGAAUCAGACGAUUAUCGAUGCAAUGGAGGGGGAGAAAAUGGUUCAUAUCAUUGAUCUUAAUGCAUCAGAACCUGCACAAUGGAUUGCCCUUAUUCAGGCCUUGAGUGCAAGGCCAGAAGGUCCACCUCAUUUGAGAAUUACUGGUGUACAUCAGCAGAAAGAGGUGUUAGAACAAGUGGCUCAUAGGUUAACUGAUGAAGCUGAGAAGUUGGAUUUGCCAUUUCAGUUUAAUCCUGUAGUUAGCAAAUUAGAGAAUCUUGAUAUUGAAAAACUUCGUGUUAAAACCGGGGAAGCAUUAGCCAUUAGCUCGGUCCUUCAACUACAUACCCUUUUAGCCUCAGAUGAUGAAACUCAAAGGAAAAGUUCCUCAUUAGCAUUGUUGAAUCAUGUAAAUGGGGCUGCUACUAAUGUUAAUAGACGUAGUAGCCCAAGUAAUGAUUCGGCUUCAUCAUCACCUACCUCAAUCAAUGCUUCAGCAAAAAUGGAUGGGUUUCUUGCUGCUUUGUGGGGGUUGUCCCCAAAGAUUAUGGUGAUAGCCGAGCAAGAUUCAAACCAUAAUGGUUCUGGUCUAAUGGAGAGAUUGUCUGAGGCAUUGUACUUCUAUGCUGCAUUGUUCGAUUGCUUAGAGAGUACCCUGCCAAGAACAUCAGUUGAGAGAAGGAGAGUAGAGAAGAUGCUUCUCGGGGAUGAGAUCAAGAACAUUAUCGCGUGUGAAGGAGGAGAAAGAAGAGAAAGACAUGAAAAGCUCGAUAGGUGGAUGCAAAGGCUCGAUAUGGCUGGAUUUGGGAGCGUUCCCUUGAGCUAUAUCGGUAUGUUGCAAGCACGACAUUUGCUGCAAGGCUGUAGUUGUGAUGGCUAUAGAAUUAAGGAGGAAAACGGGUGUGUGAUCAUCUGCUGGCAAGAUCGCCCACUUUAUUCUGUAUCAGCUUGGAGGUGUAGGAGAUGAAAUUAAUAGAAUUUGUUAUUGGUUUUGGUUGAAUUGGUUUGGUUUCUUUUCAAUCCUGUAUGAGAAGUUUUGGUAACUAGCGGAUGUAUACCACAAAAUCAUAUGAGGAAACAACCUCUUUAGUGGUC